CCUCCCACUCUCCCUCCACAUUUCUGUGCUGCUCCAUCUCUUCUCAGACUUGUGGGGCUCUGCGGUGCAGCACAUUGAGGUGACUUCCUGCAGCUCCACAGCCAGACGAGACCACGCAGGAAGACGCUGCUGCAUCAUUCAGCCUUGGCAAGAGGUUUCCUCUUUUUUUUGUUUAAAGUUGGAUGGGACUUUUUCAACAUGCUUAAGUCUCUAUUUGUAUAUGGAGUGUUGGGAGUGAUGCUCAUUCCAGUAAAAUCUCAGCGUAUGACCGUGUGCAUGGAAGAGGAUGAGGAACUGAGAGUAGACUGUCUGAUCGAGAACAAGCCUAAUAUAAUCAACACCUAUCAGUUCUCGUGGUCUAUCGGAGCCAGGCAGGAGAUCAUUAACACUAAUGUGUCCAGUGGGCCAGCAACUCAGCGCUCACCACUCAGAAACAAAAGCAGAGUGGAGGAGCUGGAGCCCGUCGGCUAUAGAAUGACGCUGUCAGACUUCAGAGAUAAACUCUCAGACAACACCACCUUCCUGUGCAACAUAUCCGGGCAGGAUGCAAACAUCAGUGUUCAGAAGGAUAAUAUUCUCAGCUGCUCAGCUGUAAGCCUGCUUCUGAAGAACUCCUGGUCCUGGAUGGUCUGCCUGCUGCUUUUCUUCUAUCAUACACACAGCUAAGAAAGCUAUCUUACCGAAAACAUACAGGCUACUGCACGAGCACACACAUCUAACCACGCCUCUGCUUUUUGUCUACAUCCACAAACAUCCCUUGCAUAAAAAACGCUGUCUCUCUGUCUUAUCUUUUCUUCCAAGAAGCACUGAAACAAUAUUGGAAUGUUUCCAGCAAUAAUGAUGACUUAGAUAUGGUUCAACAGAAAUAUUUAGUGAUUUGCUAUUUGUAUGCAUAAACACAGCUGUACUCUGGGUAUGUGGGUAAAUAUUACUUUGGAAGAUGCUGCAUUUGUUUCCUGUGUUUUCAAUAAAGAUACAACUGAAAACCUGAUUCUAAUUUGCUGUGAAUUCAGAGCUCACUGGACUGAGAUGGAAAGUUUGAGUUGAAAAAAAUUGGAACAUUUGAGGGGGCUGUUGUUUAUAAUUACAAAAUCAGUCUUAUCUUCAUCUUGACACUAAAUAAUGAUUUAAAGGAGUCAUGUCUUGGCAUGAUUUAAAAAGAAAAAAAAACUCCAGUGGUGUCUUUAAAGGCUCCUCAAAGAAAAAGCUAAGGAUUCAUGAGAAGCUUGUCUUUUUACCAAUUUGAAUUUUAUGCUCUACUUUUCUGGAACGCCCUUCCAGGUAAUGUGAGCUCUGCUUCAUACUGUAGUGAUUUAAAAUCAACAGAACAGAACCUUUCCGUUUGAUCUGUUUUGCCACUGUUAUUGUAAGCUGUUACUAUUUAUUAACUGAUACUAUUUAUUGGUGUUCAGUACUGUGCUUCAACUGCAGUAUACAUUUGGCGAUCCUGUUAAUGUUAUGUUGGGGUUUUGUUUGUUUGUUUGUUUGUUUGUUUGUUUCUAUUUUUUGUGAAUUCUCUGAGUCACAUUUUAUGUAACUUUAUGUUUGUAAUGCGCUUUUAUGAAUUAAAGGCCAUGACUUCGGAUUAA